AUGGAUUUUGACGCGCGCGCUCGAGCGCGAUCGUUCUCAUCUGCGACUGCAGCCAACCGCACUGCCUCGCCGUUAUCAUCAUCAUCUUCAUCAUCAUCAGCAGCAGCAGCAGCUGUUGUAGCAUCGGCUGGUAGCAGCACAAGGACUGACACUCCCGCCGUGCUGAUCACUGGCGCUACAGGCACGGUCGGCACUGCGCUGCUCGCCCAGCUGCUCCUCGACCACUGCUGCGCCGGCGGCACUGCGUUGAAGAGCGAUGCGUGUCCACGCGGCAUCCUCAGUGCGACGCGUGCCCCUCCUGCUGCUGCCGCGGGUGCCGAUCCGACUCACCAGCACGAGAUCCUUGUUUACCUGGCAUUGCGACCAGCAACAACACUGCUUCCUGCAUCCGGAAUGGCUAACAACUCGGCGAGCAGCAGCAGCGAAUUGAACGAGCAGAUCGUUCAACAGCGUGUCCGUGAACGAGUGGCUGGCUUGGUAAAAUCUGUCACUGCCGCACUCGCUCUUCGGGCUCCAGAGCUGCACUGGGAGGUGCAACCGGACGGCUCCAUCCUGGUCUACUCACUGCUGACGCGCGCUGCCACGGCCGUCCGUCUGGUCGGCGUGCCCAUUGACCUCUCCUCCACCACCGAAACGCUCGCCAUUCCGCGGCAAAGUCUGCAAACACUGGUCGCGCAUGUUGGCACAGUUUACCACUGCGCUGGAGUGUCGAUUGCGUCUGAUCUUGCCGCUACUCUGGCGUCCGACAAUAGCCGCGCGCAUCGCAGUGCUGCAUUGCUCGAUGCCGUGACCGUCAAUGUUGGCGGUACUGCGCGCUUGAUGCGGCUGCUGCAGACCAGAUUUCAUCGCCACAUUCGUGUGGUGGUGCUUUCUUCGGCGUUUGUAUCUGCUCCCUUGCUCGCCCAAGGCCGUCAAACUACACUGCGAGAAACGCUCCCGCCUCUCCCUGCUGCCAUUGCACGUGCUUGCGUUGGGCCCAAUGGCUUGGUUGAUGUCGAUGCUAUUGAUCGAGUUCUUUCACUUUCUGCACAUGAUCGUGAUUUGUUGGUCAGAACCGCUCUCGAGCUCUAUCCGGACCUGUACACUUUCUCGAGAGCCCUCGCUGAGCACGUUUUGGCGCAGUACGCUAACUGCAUGUCAAUCGCCUGCGUGCGCACCACAUUGAUCGGUCCUGCUUUGUCCGUCCCGUGCGCCGGAUGGAUUGACCGGCCAACUUUGAUCGCGAGUGCUCUGCUUGCCAGCGGCGAUCAACUUGUGAGCUCACUGCCAGCGUCCGCUCAGGCUCGCGCCGACAUUGUGCCUGUCGAUGUUGCGGCAACGGCCUUGCUCAAGGCAGGAGGUCACGCUGUGGCCAGUCAACCCGUCGCGCCCUUCAACGGUCUGCUCGGCCGCAGCAGCGUCCACUCGCAACUCGAGUUCUUCCACGUUGCCUGCGAUCCGUCUCGCUUGGUUGCUUGGGAAGUGCUGCGGGCUGCCGCACAAGCGUUCACCGUUCGCCAACGCAAGGCCUUCAGUGCUGUGCAGCCGCCAGUUCGUGCCCCGGCGGCCUUCGCCGAGACUGUUGUUUACGCCCUACGCUGGUAUUUGACUGCCGGUUGGUCGUUUGAACGCGCUCGUGGCAUGUUGCUCGCCGAUGAUUGGGAAGAAGAAGCUGUCGACUUGGUGCAAGCCUUCCACCCGGCCCAGCAUGCGAGUGCCGUGGUUGCUGCGCUGCAUGUUUCCAACGUGGACCUCCAUCGCACGUUCAUUGCCAGACAGUCUCCGGCAUGGCAGUUGGAGCAAUUUUGGCGCAACUACCUUCUGACGAGCACUUUUGGCGUCUACCGGCAUCUCCGCGGCGUCACCCGCAUUCGCCAAAUAUCGUACACGCAUGCCAUGGACUGCUUCCUGAUGCCUGUGCAGCCUGGCUCGUCUGGCGCGCUCUCUGCCUCUCCGCGCAUGCAUGUCCUUCGGUUUGGUCUGCGCUCGCGCGGCACGCCGCCAAUGUACCGAAACGUAGAGCAGCGUGCGCCGUGGCAGAUCCGACAGGUUGCGUUUGACAGCUCGUUGGUUCAACGAACGCUCACCGACGAGUCCAUUCGGCGAGGCGUCCCGCGCGAUGUCGUUGCUGCUGAGGCUCGCUCCAUUCUUGACACCAUGAGCCACAAUCUGCGGGUCACAGCUCUGCGCGCCAUGGCCAUGACCCUUCGAGGUGCGCUCGAGCAGCUCUAUCGCAACAUUACCUGCGAUCUGGCCGAACUCGACCGUCUGCGCGAGGCCGUUACUCACGCCCCAGUCAUGCUGCUGCCAUCGCACCGGAGCUACUUGGACUUUUUAAUCGUGUCCUAUGUCAUGUGGGCACACGAUCUUCCUCUUCCGGCGGUUGCUGCUGGGCAGGACUUUAUGGCAAUGGCAGGCGUCAGCUGGUUUUUGCGCAACUCGGGCGCCUUCUUCAUGAGACGCUCGUUCGGUUCGGACAAGCUGUACUGGGCCGUCUUCUCGUCGUAUGUUCAGACCAUUGUCAUUAAUGGCGACUCUCCGAUCGAGUUCUUCCUCGAAGGUACGCGAAGCCGCACAGGCAAGUCGCUUCCGCCCAAGACUGGCUUGCUGUCAAUGGUGCUCGACCCGUUCUUUGACUGCCGAGUGAGCGAUGUUCAGAUGGUCCCAGUUGGUCUCAGCUACGAGCGCCUCUUUGAGCGCGACUUGUACGUUCGCGAGCUGCUUGGCUUGCCCAAACCGAAGGAAUCCACAUCGGGCCUGUUGAAAGUCAGCUCGGCUCUCGGCACUGAUCUCGGUCGCAUCCAUGUGCGCUUUGGGCGACCGGUUUCAACGCAGGAAUAUAACGCCGCCCUUGAGCCUGCGCAACGGAUUGAUCGUCGCUUGGUCGCGAUGGCCCCAGCCGGUGCCUCCCGCACUCUCCAGGCUGGUGUGAAACAGCAGUUUGCCUACACGCUCGGGUUGGAGAUUCUGCGGCGUCAGCAGCUUUUGCAUGUGUUCCAGCCCGCGCAGCUCCUGGGUGCCUUGAUGUUGCUUCACCACCACAAUGUUGUGUUCAACGCUGCGCUUCCCAUUUCCACAACGAACGUCAAACGUGCCGUUGGUGAUGUUUUGGUACGCGUCUCUGCAUCUCGCCCAAGUGUGUCGCUUCCUACCGAACGCUUGGCACGCGAGUUGACCGCUUUGGCUGCAGAGCUAACUUCUCGUGGCUGCACGCUGGACUGGAUGGCCGGUGAAGACGCCCCGGCAUUGCUCGUUGCUUCACUGGGUAUUUUCCCAGGCAUUGUUUCUGCCAACCUGGAUCGCGUCGAGAGCUCGGUGCCAGACUCCUUGUCGCUGCAUCUCAGCUCUCCUGAGGAGGUUGUGAACGAGAUUGCAUUGGCCAACUACCGCAAUCAGAUCAUGCACGUAUUUAUUGAAGAUUGCUUGGUCGCCUUGCCAUUGUUCGCGUUGGGAUCAUCUCGAGUCUCUGUUGAGGGAGCCAGUCAACUGAGUGGCUUCCUGCGAACUCUUCUCUCGCGGGAGUUUUUGAUUGAUUGCCCAGAUCCAGCUGUUCAAUUCCAACAGACUCUGCAGUCAUUGAUCGCUCGGUCCUUGGUCACGCUUGAUUCCAGCAAGUCCUAUGUGUCUAUUUCUACGAGUGGACAAGCGCCCUGCGAGUUCUUAUGCGCGCUUCUCUGGCCGUUCAUCGACAGUUACUGGAUUGCAAGUCUUGCGCUACUGGCAAUGCAGCGUGCUGGUGCGAGCACGAUUGCUAUUCCAACAGCAGACCUUGUCUUGCAGAUUCAGCUCCUUGGCUGUGAGUUGUUUGAUGCGAACGUGCUGCCGGCCUUUGAAGGCAUCUCUGCGGAACCAGUUCGCCAUGCCCUAUCGUCCUUCCACCGCCACCAGGUGAUUGAACAUGUGCGCUUGGCUCCUGCAACGACGGCCUCUCUUGCAUCUGCCGCAGCCAGCAGCAAAGCAGCUGAUGCUGCCGCUGCCAAAGUUCCGAAUGCCGCCCUGCUGUCCAGUCGUGCUCGACUCCUUCCCGCCUUCCAACGAGGAGUUGCACUUGAGCAGUUUGUCGAGCGUAUUGCCAGCAUGCGCCGCCUCCCUACUUCUUGGCAAAACAACCCUACCGCAACCCGACAGAGUGCCGCUGCGGUUGCUGCCUCUUUGGACUCGCUUGCUCACCGGCUUCGCGCGGACUUUUCCGUGCAGCCCGCGGCCAAGCUUUGAGCUGGUUGUGAGUCGUUUGUGUUUGCGUUUGGGUUUUUUUCCAUGUCCUGUUUUUGUGGUGGCAAAGAAUACCAAGGUUGUUUCAAAUUUAG